UUAGUUUCGGUUUUAGUUUUGUCUUCAGCUGUCUUAACCAUUCGGUUGUGUUUAGUCGAUGGCCAGGCAUUUAUUUCCCUUGUUUACCGGCAAACAGUGAAUAGUACAUUUAAGGUUUUAUUAUGGACUACUACUAUUAUGACGAACCAGAAAAUGAUUUGGAACACCAAGCUGAGGACUACGAAUACGAUGCGGAUUUAGUGGGUGAGGAGUCCUUUUCGGAUUUGUGCAAAGGAUGCAUUGCACAGACAUCAUAUCAAAUACAACAAUACAUCAUUAUACUUCUCAGUUGUGGUCUUGUUCAUGUCAUUUUGUGGGAAGCAACAAAACGCGUUCGGGAAGUCAAUGUAUUGUAUCAUCUGAUAUCCAUUCUAUGUGGUCUAUUAAGUUUAUGGCUAUAUGUUGGAUCAUCGUCCACUGUCUACGUGUUGAUUCAUAUUUUCAAUAUAUGUUUCUUCUUACGAUUAGUCCUAGCAAUUAAUAUCAACCAUAAAGGAUUGUGGGCUUGUAUCUACACCAUAGGGUGUCAAUUGUUAAGCGAAAUAGCACUGGGAGAAGAGAAGUUUGAAAGUAUUCGAGGGCCGUUGAUGUUGGUUAGUAUGAAACUGAUAUCGGUUGCCUUUGAUAUACAGGAUGAACGGGAAAAUUUUCAUUGGUCUUCAACAUUAGGUUAUCUGUGCAGUCCCUCGUCCCUAAUACUUGGUCCCUGGAUACCUUUUAGAACUUAUAGAGACAAAAAUAAGAUCGGCAGUAAGAGAUGGAAAAUUUUGAAAAUUAUUUUGUAUGUUAUUUCGUCGGUAGUAUUUCUCAAUCUAUCCAAUUGCAUAUUACCUUGGCUAAAACAAUUGUGGAACGGCGGUCUUUGGUAUCGCAUAUAUUUGGAUGCUUUAGCUGUUCGAUGUAGCCAUUACUUCAUAUCGUAUCUCUCCCAUGCGACGUUGCUUGUUAAUUGUUGGCCACCCUCAUUUCAUAUUGUUAAACCAUUGGAAAUUGAGUUUCCCCGUUCCUUGUCCACAGCAAUACGCAACUGGAAUAUACCCAUGCAUUUGUGGUUAAAAAGCAGCGUUUUUCAUCGAGUUCGUUCUUCGCAAGGAAGGCGUUCUCAUUUCAUUGCUAUCAUCACAACCUAUUUGGUAUCCUGUUUAGUGCACGGUUUCAACUACAAGGUACAUCUUGUCUUAGUUUCAUUGGGUUUGUUUAGCUAUUUCGAAAAUAAUCUGCGCCGAACAUUGGCGCAAGUUUUCAAUGCUUGCAUAGAGGCCUACCCAUGUCGAGGCAAUUGCAAAUAUAAGCACUGUACCAGAGGGCAUAGUCUCAUGUCUUGGCAUUCCAAACGCCAAGUUGUGAUGGUUCGUUUGGUGAAUUUCAUGUUUAGUUUUAUUGCCAUUGUUCAAUUGGCUUAUUUGGGUAUAAUGCUAAAUUCAAGUAAUCCAUCAUCUUCAUUCAUCGAUCAUUUAUUAGUAUGGUCACAUAUGAACUUUUUUGGACAUUGGUUAGCCUGCGCCAUGGCAAUAUUUUAUGUAGCCAUUUAAUAUAUAUCGUAUAUAUUUAUGUGUUAAUAAGUACUUAAGCAGUUUGUAUUGAUCUAUAAGACUCAGUAUUAAGAACUAUUGUUAAACAAAUUUUAUACUACAAUAUACGAAUUUUUUUAUUUACAAA